UAAAGUAAUUUUUUAAAGUUUAUUUUAGUUAGUUGCCAAGAUGUUUGAAGCAAUGGCUGGUUUAUUUGUUCAUUCAUCAGAUAUUCACUUAUUUUUAAAUGUGAUCAGUGGUAUAUUAGUGUUGCACACUGAAGAUUGUGCAAUUCUCAGAUUAUGUAUGGCCACAUAUCUCAAUGCUGCCCAUCAGUUUAAAAACAUAUUUGCUACUAAUGGUUAUCUGUUGAUUAUGCCGACUAUUUUACGUAUUUAUUCCAACCAUCAAACUAAUGGUCUGUUAUGCAGAACAAUUGAAUUUAUAUGUAAACAGUUCUUUAUAAUGCAUCGUAAGCCUUUCAUUCUGCAAAUGUUUGGAAGUGUUGCACCAAUUUUGGAUAUGGAUUUGAUGAGCAGUUAUGGAGACGCAAGCAAAGUUCAUCCAAAAUCAUUUUUUCAAUUACUACAAAGCUUAGAACAAUAUGUAGUAGAUCCUCUAGAUAUACUAGAAUUAGUGGAUAUUGAUAAACCACUUCGUGCUUUGGAUUUCUGUUAUCAGUUAGAUCCCGAUACUCUUUCAGUCCUUGAUGCCAUUUCACUUUGUGUAACAGUUGUUUGUUAUUCUGCAGAUUCUGUAAGAGGUCAUCAGAUGCUGGUAAAUAAUAAAUUUCAUUAUCAUACUUUUAAAAGCAAUAUUGUUUUUAUAGAUUACUAGAUAUCCUACAAAACA